ACGAACAUCCUCCACCAGGAAAGAGGAUGCGCCUGUAAACAAACCUACAACAAAACUACCUCUUGUAGCGUCAAAACUUCCCCUCCAAUUUUCAAGUUUUAGCUUAGAUAUUUUUACAUUGUUUUAUUACAUGCUGGAUCGUAUAGCGUGAACAUAUCGCCUGUGUAUUUCACUUUGGCAACAUUUGUCUUGGAACGAUGACUGGAGUCUUUGACAGCCUCGCCACAGAUAUGCACUCCAACCAAAUUACCUCCACCAACUUCCACACCAUGAAAUCGCAAGACUCGCCCACGUUACCGGUGUCCACAGUGACCGACAGCAGCUUCUACAGCAGCCCCCAGCCUGGUCUGUGCGCUGGCGCGGCUUACGCACAACUUGGGUCUUAUCCUUACCACCCCGGGGGAGCGAGUAACGUACACUACAGUCCCAAAGCGUAUGACAUGGGUUUCGGCUCCUCUUAUGGCGCCUAUGGGUCCUACGCUUCUGGAUCAUCACCCGUUCCUACAGACACAGAAAAAGAGGAGAGUGAACCAGAAAUUCGAAUGGUCAACGGAAAACCAAAGAAAAUCCGAAAGCCUCGAACUAUUUACUCAAGUUUCCAGCUGGCUGCUCUUCAGCGGAGGUUCCAGAAGACCCAGUAUCUAGCGCUCCCAGAACGGGCCGAACUGGCGGCGUCCCUCGGCCUGACGCAGACGCAGGUGAAAAUAUGGUUUCAAAAUCGACGCUCUAAAUUCAAGAAGUUGUGGAAAAACGGGGAAAUUCCUCCAGACCAGCACGUUGCCCCGAGUGAUUCUCCUCCAUGCAGUUCUCCGGCCGAGACGAACUGGGAAUUCCCUCAGAACCAAGCACUGAACGACGGGGAUUCGACCAUGAACCAGAACACUGGCCCACCGAACACCACGGCCCCUUCGUUCCUUACAAACUACUCUUGGUACACUUCCACGAACUCUGCAACGCACACACCGUCAAGCCAUCUUAUCCAGCACCAUAACAGCGCAAUGAGCACGGGGCCUAUUUUCUAACUUUGAACUCAAAAGCUGAGAGGAACUAUGGACGGAACUCGAUCGUCGCUGGAUUUCAACCCGCCAGUGCGCCUGGUUUCGCAGGGGACCAUUAUGUUGGGGAGAGUGGGGAGAACUUAAAAAGAAACCCUAUUGAAUUUUCCUUUUUGGAUU